AUGGUCAAGCUUCAGCUGGUUGGGACAGUGAUUGCAACACCAAGAGCACAUGGGGCUGCGGACGAGUUUCCAAAGACUUUGGGAAGCCCACACCCCUUCAGCAUCGAGCACCAUCAUGACCACGAGCAUCAGCCCGAUCAUCCACUCUAUGAGUUGGACCCGACGAACCUGGAGAGGAUGUUCGAGGGAGUGGAGGACACGGCAGUUCAUGCCUACUGCCGAAGACAUAGCUUGCAGGCCACACAUCUUCCGGCUCAACUGGGACCGGAUGGACCUCCCAGUGGAGGAAGUUCGGCACAGCUGGGAGACUUCGAGAACCGCAGCCGCCACACCUCAAAG